AUGAAUGACCAGGAAAAGGUGGAGAUGUUGUUGUUCCUUUUGCAGAAUGUGGACAUUUUUGCUUGGAACCCGUAUGAAGUGCCCGGCGUAGAUCCUGAGUUCAUUGUCCACAGACUCAACGUGGACCCAAAUUUCCCCCCGAAAAAGCAGAAGCCGAGAAGAGCUUCAAAGGAACAUGUAGACGCAGUAAACCUGGAGGUCGAACGGCUGAAGGAGGCCGGGGCCAUAAGGGAAAUAUUCUUCCCGAGAUGGCUGGCCAAUACCGUGGUAGUGAAGAAGAAGAACGGCAAAUGGAGAGUUUGCGUGGAUUUCACAGAUUUGAACAGGGCGUGUCCCAAAGACCCGUUCCCAAUGCCCAAGAUUGACCAACUAGUGGACGCCACGUAUGGACACCCGAGGAUGAGCUUCUUGGAUGCUUUCCAGGGUUACCACCAGAUUGCAUUGGCGGUCGAGAAUCGAGAAAAAAUAGCAUUCAUAACCCCAAAUGCAAACUAUCACUAUGAAGUCAUGCCUUUUGGAUUGAAGAAUGCCGGAGCCACAAAAGAGUCGCAGCAUACCGAAGACCUCCGGGGAGUAUUCGAAAUAUUGUGGCGGCAUAAAUUGCGCUUGAAUGCCGAGAAGUGCACUUUCGGUUUGGGUGCCGGAAAGUUCUUGGGUUAUCUGAUUUCUACUCGGGGAAUAGAGGCUAAUCCCGACCAAAUCGAGGCCGUGAACCGUCACAAACCACCAAGCAAUCCCAAGGAGGUGCAAGUAUUCACUGGAAUGUUAGCCGCCCUGAACCGAUUCAUCUCCAAGUUCGCCGAUCAUUGUCGGCCGUUCUAUCAACUCUUGAAGAAAUGGAAAGGGUUUCAUUGGGACCAGGGAUGUGAUGAGGCUUUCCGAGAGAUGAAGGAAUACUUGGCAAAGGUACCAAGGUUAACGGCCCUGGAGCCCAGGGAGGAUUUAUUUAUGUACCUCUCGGUCACCGACCAUGCCGUAAGUGCUAUGCUACUGAGGGACCAAAGAGUACAGAUGCCAGUCUAUUACGUGAGCAAAACCUUGAUUGAUGCCGAGACCAGGUACUUACCCCUGGAGAAGUUGGUCUUGUCCUUGGUGCACGCCACUAGGAAGUUACCACACUACUUCCAGGCUCACACAAUGUUCAUCCUCACCGAAUAUCCACUACAAUCACUGUUAAAGAGAUCAGAUUUCACGGGCCGAAUUGCCAAGUGGGGGACCCGGUUAGGAUCGUUUGACAUAAGGUACCGACCUAGGAGCUCGGUAAAGGGACAGGUUCUUAAAGAUUUCAUCGUAGAAUUCACUCCCAAGGAUGACGGCAAGAUGAUCUGUAAUACAGAGAUCCGCCCGUGGAAGGUAUUUGUGGACGGUGCUUCAAAUGCUAUGGGGGCCAGGGCUGGAAUUGUCAUAAUCACCCCCGAGGGUAUACGAUUGGAACAAUCCUUCAGAUUGGGAUUUAAAGCCUCAAAUAACGAAGCCGAGUAUAAGGCCCUAUUGGCCGGGUUGAGGGCCGAAUUACACCUUGGCGCAAAAGAUGUUGAGAUUUACUCAGACUCUCGACUAGUUGUUAAUCAAAUCACAGGAGACUUCGAGGCUCGGGAUUCUCGAAUGAAAGCUUAUCUAAGUGCGGCCAAGCAGGUUAUCGGUCAAUUUGGAACGGUAAAGGUGGCCCGGGUAGGUCGGUCGCAAAACAAACACGCCGACUCACUUGCCACGUUAGCCUCAUCAGCUACCGAGGAUACACCACGGAUAGUCACAAUGGAGGUUGUGAGAGAGCCAAGCAUCAGUAUAGAGAAUGUUCACGACCAAGUCAGAGUGGAAGUUGCCAAGAUAACAAUGGCCCAUCCAUGCUGGAUGAACCCGAUCAUAGAUUUCCUUACCGAGGAUAAAGUUCCGGAUGAUGAAAGCGAGGCCAAAAAGAUUCGUCGGAUAGCACCCCGGCCCGUACCUUUUAUGCUUGCAUCCCGAGAAGGUAAACGAGCUUCUGACCGAGCUACACGGGGGAGUGUGCGGCGGCCAUGUUGGGGGACGAUCUCUAGCAAACAGAGCGAUGACCCAGGGGUUUUGGUGGCCGCAGAUGCAGAAGGAUGCAGCCGAAUAUGUUCGGAAGUGCGAACAGUGUUAAAAGCACGACCCUUUGAUCCAUCAGCCAGCAGGACGUCUAAACCCUUCACAAGGUUUGGGGUACCAAAUUCGCUAGUGACAGACAAUGGGCUGCAGUUCGAUAGCAAAGCCUUUUGGACCUUCUGCGGCGAACUCGGCAUCAGCAACAAGUAUUCAACCCCGGCUUACCCACAAAGCAACGGCCAAGCCGAGGCAGUAAAUAAGACCAUUUUAAACGGGCUGAAGAGGAGGUUGGACGGGGCGAAAGGAAGCUGGGCAGAAGAACUACCCAAUGUAUUGUGGGCGUACCGUACAACCCCCAGAAGGUCCACGGGUGAGACCCCGUUCUCUUUGACAUACGAAGCGGAGGCUGUGAUACCAACCGAGGUGAGCUUAUGUAGUGCACGGAUCGUGGGGUUUGACCCCGCCCAGAACAACGACCUAAUGAUGGAGCGUUUGGAUUGGCUAGAAGAAUGCAGGGAGGCCGCAACCAUCCGGCUAGCCGAGUAUCAGCAGAAACUGGCCCAAAGAUACAACCGAGAUGUAAAGGAGAGGGAAUUCAGUGCCGGAGAAUUGGCACUAAGGAAGGUCGUGGGAAACAUGCGAGACAUAGCUGCAGGGAAGCUUGCUCAAACCUGGGAAGGACUGUACAGAGUUACCGCCAUCGACGGUGUAGGGGCCUACUACUUGGAAAGCCUUUACGAGAGGCCACUUCCCCGGCCAUGGAAUGCCCACAACUUAAAGAAAUUCUACGCAUGA